AGCGGCGCAAACGUUCUCCCGUUUCACUGAGACGCUGUGUUUGUCCUUCCAGGGAUUCCGUAGCUGCUUAAUACCGAUGUACAAACAUGGCGGACAUCGAGCGAAGUUUAGGCGAUGGUUCGGGAUAUUGUGAGAGAAAUUUCCAGUUUUAGUUGUUUUUCUGUAAACGACAGCGACCAAUGGCUCGUACACCUGCUGGCGUAUUUCUUUUAGCUUGAUUUAAUCGAUGUUGCUCUCGUCGUGAACAGAAGCAACACAUUCUGUCAACUUUCUGAUGCCGGUAAACGCACUGGAAUCUGCUCGACUAAAUCAGACUGACAGCACAUUAAAACUCUUCACCUCAUGUAUUUACCCUUAAUUAAUAACUUUCGACGAGUUUAUCGUUUGCACACCUACUUCACGCCUUCGUUAUGAUGACCUUGAGUUGAACAGUUCGUUUCAAUCAGCAGUAACAGGUGGAUAUACACAACCUACUGUUUCAUUGUAGAUGUUACUCUAACGCUUGCACUAAAAUGUCUCGUCGAACGGCUUAGUUUUGGAUGCACCUCAAACCCACCAUACAACUCGCCCUUCUGGCAUCUUUUUUGCUGAAUAGUUAUGUGGCGAAUAAUUGUUCCUGGUGUGACGUAUAAAUUACGCCACUCGUGACGUUGAUUCCGCAAGUUUUUCUACUGUUGUGCGAGAUUUAACCACGCGAAGAUGUGCAAGCUGCUCAAGUAUUGCUUCAGUCACUUCCUUUACGCUGCGAUGACCCGGCUGGACGAAGCCAACAAAGGGGUCAACAUGUGGUCGUCCAUUCGGUACCUCGGUUACCUGUCCAGCCUGAACUCCCUGGUGGCCAUUUGCCUGGGAAUUUACGUACAAUGGGAGAAAACGGCAGACACUAUCAUCUUGGUCAUUUUCAUUUUGGGCCUCUUCGUUCUGGGGAUUGCCUGCAUUCUCCACUAUUACUUCGGCAUGGAGAGCGUCAGCCUGUUUCUGCUGCAUCUGUGGUUUGGUUUCCUUCUGGGUUUGCUGUGCUUCAUCAACGUCCCGUCCAAAGAGCUCGAUGUUAAGGAGCAGGUGGCCAACUAUAUGUUAAUAGCGAGCAUUGUGAUAAGAACCCUGUGGGCUUUGGUUGGAAGAAUGUGCGGUUAUACCCGACACCAACCCGCUUUCCUCACCUCGAGGGAAGCUUUGGAGCUCACAGGCUUCGCUGUGGCCAGCACAACCUUGGUCAGCCAAAACUCUGUAAGCCUUGCGGUCCUGUCACUGGCUUUGGCGGCUGUAAUUGUGAAUUUGCGCAUGAAGUCCCUCUUCGCGAUCCCAAACCUGGUCUGCUUCUCAGCUGUGGCUGCGUUCUUCUUCCAGGAGUCUUUGGGAGUGUCCACCAACCCCUUCGCCUUGUCUUGCUUCUUCAGCCGCCUCGUCUGCGACCCAUUACUGGACGUCUACUUCAGCGGACUUUCCGUCACCGAGCGCUGGUCGCCGCUGCUGCUGAGAAGAGGCCUGUGGAGACGCUUGACGCUUCUUCCUCUGGUUGUCAUGGAGGUGAUGUUUUCGGUUGUGGCCGCUCUGAAGAUGAGAGAUCUGGAUCGGUGGUAUCUGCUCAUUCCGGGUCUUUCGGCAUCUGCUGUUUUCUGGAUCAUCUGCCACCUGGUUUUUCUCGUCACGUUGUGGGGUUUUCACAGCAAGCUGAGUGAUUGUCAGAGGAUGUGUGUGGUGCACACGUCAGAGGCUGGAGAGCUGGACAGGGUCAUGGCGUCUAAGGGGAUGAGGCACUUCUGUCUCAUAUCCAAACGCCUGGUGCUCUUCAGCCUGAUGUCCACCAUCAUACUCUGGGCUCUGGGUUGGCAGCCGUCCAACAGCCUGUUUAUUGCGUUGUUUGUGCUGGUGCUGCCUCUGGAGUCACUAGCCCACGGUCUCUUCCAUGAGCUGGGAAGCAGUCUCGGAGGAACCUGUGUGGGCUACGCUGUGGUGAUUCCCACCAACUACUGCAGUCCAGAUGGGCAGCCCACCCUGCUCCCCCCAGCGCACGUGCAGGAGCUCAACUUGCGUUCCACGGGGAUGCUUAACAACGUGCAGCGCUUCUUCUCUCAUCACAUGAUCGAGACCUACGGUUGUGAUUACUCCACGAGCGGCUUGAGCCUGGAAGCCCUGCAGGCCAAGCUCCGCAUUUUCAUGGAGGCGCACACGGCUGACGGCCCACGGCACGACACCUACGUGCUGUAUUACAGCGGACACACCCACCGCAGCGGAGAGUGGGCUCUAGCAGGUGGAGACGUUUUACGUCUAGAUGAGAUUGUGCAGCUUUGGAGAGAAAAGAACAGCGGAUUCUGUUCCCGUCUCAUCAUCAUUCUCGACACAGACAACUCACUCCCCUGGGUGAAGGAGGUGCAGAAAAUCGAGGGACUCUAUGUAGCGGUUCAGGGAGCAGUGCUCUCUAGCCCCACAGACCCGGAGGUCCAGGACGCGCCUCAGCUCGGGGACUUCACCUGUCAGUGGGUUGAUUUUAACUGCAAUCCAGACAGCAUAGUUCGGUGGUCUGAGCGUGAGCGGCCCAUCAGAGCAGCCUACGGCAUCUCCAGACACUGGAGCGACUACAAGCUUCACCUGCCCACCGAAAGCGACGUCACCAGGCACUGGAGACUCUACUUCCCCCGUCUGACUUACCCCGUGGUGCAGCUCGCACACUGGUGCGGGGGGUUGAACCUCUUCUGGGUUUGCGGAUACUGCUUUCGGCUGCUCCGAAGGAUCAAACUCACGUGGUUCCCGCCGGCGGUGCUGGAUACGGGCCAAGGCUUUAAACUGGUUAAAUCGUAGAAGAGGACCUAAAGCGUGGCGAUACUGUAAGCUGUAACUGGACAUGGUUAGGUGAUGUUCACCUACGGCAGCUUUAGGUUGUACUGACCAGCGCAGCAAUUUAUAAAAUCUCAGGUGUGAAAACACUCCAUUUGUGUGUUUGUGAUUGAAAAAAUAGCGAAAAAUCGGCCAACUUACAAGAAUUUCAUAUUCAUUACUCAGCAAGGGAAAAUAUCGUGAAACCAAUCAACAUUUCUGGGUCUUAGAUCACAUAUAAAACAAAAGAUAGAUGAACAUAAGAUAUUUUAUUUUGCAUAAUGAAAUUACUAUUUUUUUUUUUUUUAUGAAAAACAUUACAAUAAUCACCCCCCCAUUACUGCAGUGUGAUUUAGUCAUUUUCUACUCUUGCAUUAUAGAUUAUUCAACAAAAACUGUUACUACAGUUAAAAAAAAACCCCAAAAUGCAAAUGUUUGUUGAUUUUAAAAUUUUAAAUUAAAAAUAUAUUUCUUUAAAAAUAAAUAUUACAGUAAAAAUAUCCCUGUGAUUAAAUAAUAAAAUGUCAUUACCAUAGUGCGACUGUUUUUUUUUUUUUUUUAAUUGUAAUUAUUUUCUAAAAUUACUCAACAUACAUGAAAAUGAUGAACAACAACAAAAUAAAUGCAAAUUUCUACGCAUAACUGUCAUGAAAACAUGACACUAAAAUAGGUUUUUAAGUAUUUAUGCAACAUAAUUUUUUUUUUUUUUUUUAAGAUUCUCAUACAAUAUGUUACUGAUGGUCCUAACAGCAUUGCACCCACUAACCAGUUCAGCUGUUACAGCUUUAACGUCCUGUAUUUUUAAAAAAAAGUCCAAUUGCCAUUUUAACACUUAUCAUUCUAAACAUUUUUUUUCCCAUGACUUUUGUAAACUCUCAGUUCUAAUGUAUCAGCACUAAACUGUUGCACGAAGCACAGCGUAAAACCCAUUUCAAGCUCAGCCAUUUUGCGGUGCCUCUUCUUAACUGCACUAGACAAAGCACAGCCUUGCAUCUGGUAUCUAUACAAGGGAUGUAGUGUCCUUUAAACACUAUAACCCACACAUUCAGAUCUGUCCAGUGGAGUAGUGUAUUUAUGUAUUUUGUGUUAUUUGUUUAUACAGAAAAAGAUUUUCUACUGCCCUUUAUAAACUGAUAAAUUCAUACUGUUUUGUAUAGUUUGGUUGUUCUCGAUUAGUUAAGCAUAUUUGACUAAUAGUGUGUGUUGCUAGCACUUACAGCAGUUUAGGUUGAAUGUUUAUAUUAGAUGUGUUACGUGUCCUGAAGUGCCUUCGGUAAGACUAGUCCUCACCAAAAUACACGAGGAUUUACUCCUAGUUAAAUAUGCAAUAUUUAUUGAUUGACAUAAGACAUGUAUGAAAAGGUCUAAGGCUUUGUGCUUUUUACUUUAAAGGAACCAGUGAAUGGCUUCAACAAAGAAUGAACGAAGCGCUGGGAUGAUUUCAAUGAUUGUGUUUGAAAUCAGACAUGAGAAUGAAUUUGAUAUUUUGAUAAUAAAAGAGUGUCUCUUCUA